AUGACUAAGCAACUAGCUCAAUUAAAGCAAAAACGAGCCCGAAUAAAGGGGCAAAUCACGCGAAUACAGAACUUUUUUGACGAAAAUGACAAAGUCUCCGUAUCAGAAGCACAGGUUAGGUUAAAAAGGUUGGAAGAAGCCUUUUCUCGAUUCGAAAUCAUACAAGACGAAAUUGAUGAGAUAAAAGAAAUCGAAGACGAGGAAGGAGAAGAUGCAGAAAGCGAAAUGGAAAGAAAACAAUUCGAAGAAAGAUACUACAAAGCAGCAGCAACGGCACAAGGUAUUAUUGACAAUCAUCAACAUUCACAGGUAGAGUUACAGCAGAAUCUUGUACGGAACAACAAUGGAACUCAUAGGGAAGAGCGACAUAGGCCUGUGAUCAAGUUACCAGAAUUCAGUGGCGAAUAUACGAAAUGGAUGUUUUUCAAAGAUAGUUUCGAAACGAUCAUCCAUCAAGAUGCAGGGCUUACACCGAUGCAAAAACAUCAAUUUUUAAUAGGCGUGCUUCAAGGAGAAGCUCGUAGUGUAAUACAAGGUUUUAAAAUCUCUAAUGAAAAUUAUGAGAAUGCAUGGACACUCUUGAAGGAGACGUACGACAACAAAAUGAUGAUAAUCCAGACACACUUAGAUGAACUACUAACGUUUCCAGUCAUCACAAAGGAUAACAAAGCAGAAUCAAUUCGACAAUUUAUUUGGCAUAUCCAGACACAUGUAUCGUCGUUCAAGGUACUUGCACAGCCGGUUAAUUACUGGGAAACAAUCAUAAUUCAUUUAACGAAGAAAAAACUCGAUUUCAUUGAGCAACGUGAUUGGCAAGAUACGGUCAAGGAUAAAACACCAGAAGAUAUGCCGACAUUGACAGAAUUUCUCAAAUUUCUUAAUGAUCGGUGCCAUAUAAUUAGAGUACUUGAGCAGGGAAAGACAAAGGUGGUGAGUAAUGGAAAACAGCAACAGAAGAUUGAAACAAAGAAGGAGAAAGGAGAGAAAAGGGUCACUCUGUCGACUAUAAGGGUGAAUUGCAGAUAUUGUAACGACGAUCAUCCAACCUAUAAAUGCGAAGAACUUUUAAAGCUUUCGGCACCUGAAGGGACGAAAAGUGUAAUCGAAAAGAGGUUAUGUAUUAAUUGUUUCGCACCAGGGCAUUUCGGACGGGACUGUAGAGGUUCUUCAUGCAGGAAAUGUGACAGGAAGCAUAAUACGCUUCUCCAUAUAGAAAAGGAGGAGCCCACAACUCAAGGGAAUUCAAAGAAUAAUUCAAUCGUAACGCAUGUUCGGGCGGAAGAUGACAAGACAAUCAAAGAAGAAGAUUCCGUGGCGAUGAAUAUUUACUGCGCACAUAAUAAAGCAGCGAGAGUCAUGUUAUCAAUAGCACAGGUAUACGUACGUGACUCCGACGGUAAUCAACAAGCAUGCCGUGCACUGUUGGAUCCAGGUUCGCAACUAAAUCUAAUCACCACAAGUCUGCACAAAAAACUGAAGCUGCCUUUUACAAGAGAUGAGCGGCACAUUAAUGGUAUCAAUCAGAUAAAAACGAGUGCAAAUAAGAUAACUCGCAUACAACUUGAAUCGAAAUACAGCAAUUACUCAACCGAGAUGGAAUGUCUGGUAUUUCCAAGGAUCACAGAACAGUUGCCACAAACGAAGAUAGAUGUAGCAAAAAUCUACGUUCCAAGAGAUGCUCAGUUAGCAGACCCCGCGUAUAACAUUCCAGGCCCUAUUGAAAUUUUAAUAGGAGAAGGUGUAUACUGGAAGAUACUAAUAGGCUAA